AUGUCUCCACAAAUUCUUGAUCUCCGCAUCGAACUCGCCGAUAGCGCUGAGGAUAUCGAGCGCGGCUUCCAUUGCGCAUGCGAGACUUUUGGCCGACAGACCCAAGAUGGAAUCUGGAUAGCGAUGAAUCCGGGCUGGGACACGCCCGAAGGCUAUGCGAGGGGAGUGAAAAAUAUGGUGGACCGCUGGCGCGGGGUAACGAUGGACAGAGAGGGGAACCUCACCACUGCCUUCAUCAAAGCCACGGUUCCAGAUCACCAAAGCGAUGGGGGCCGCGUGAUUGUUGGAAUGGCCAUCUGGGUACAGGCUUCCGUAGUGGAGGGCUGUGGGCAGCCUCCCGUUGAGGACUUCAGCCAGGCCAUGGACCUUGACUUGCUUUAUCCGAGUGACAAGGCGCAACAACGCUAUCUCUGCCAGCUCGACUAUUCGCUCCAUAAACGCCGGAUCGAGGUCGUGAAGGAGAAAGCCAACACCUCCUCUCCCGCUGUCAUGGUCCUGGACUUUUGCGUUGUGGACCCCGCUUUCCAGCGCAAGGGUAUUGCGUCCAAACUCGUGCAAUGGGGACUGGAAGAGGCAAAACGGCGAGGUGGACUGGAGGCAAUCACAGAGGCGUCCGCCAUGGGCAGGCACGUGUAUCAGCGGUUAGGCUUUCAGCAGGAGGGCCCCGAGAUCGAAUAUAUCGUGGACGAUGAAUUCAAGCAGCGGGAGCGGCCUUCGAAUAUUUUCAUGCGCACGGCUGGGGUUGCUUUCGCGGCCAUCAACAAAUGCAAAUUCCCGGCGGAUCACAUAAUUGAGCGGGACGUCGCCAUUGUCGGUGGAGGUGCGUCUGGUGCACACGCUGCGGUGUUGCUGAAGGAGGAUUUUGGGAAAAGCAUCGUUGUUGUCGAGAAGCAGAAUCGCCUGGGAGGGCAUGUCGCAACCUACGCAGAUGGCUCUGGGAAAACGUUCGAGUACGGAGUGCAGUCGUAUCUCGAAUACGGAGACGCAUUAGCCUUCUUUGAGCGCUUCAACGUAACAACUGGCGUCCCUACACGCGGGGCUCUGACUAGCGCCUACGCGGAUUUUUCCACCGGGCUCAACGUGAGCACAUUCAUAAACCCAGCUAACGAUGAGCGAGUGGCGGCUUUGAAUCGGUUUCUGGAGGCUGCCGAGCUGUAUGAAGAUAUGAUCCUACCUGGCUAUUGGAACUUUCCCGAACCGGAUGCUAUCCCAAAGGACCUCCUCUUACCAUUUGGCGAAUUCGCGAAGAAGUACGAAUUGGACGCCGCCAUGCCUCAAAUGUUCCAAGUGCCCGGGCCAGGCGUCGUCGAUUGGACUGAUGCGCCAACGCUCCACGUCAUGCAGGUUUUCGGUGCGCCGAUGGCAAGGGCGCUUGUCGGUGCUGCGCCUACAUUUGGCCCUCUGUCACGAAACAACACCGAAUUGUAUGGGAAAAUUGGUGCUUCUUUGGGUGAUGACGUGCUUUACUCCAGCACUGUGGCCAAAGCGGAGAGAGAUGACACGGGUGUCAAGCUUGUUGCGAAGUCGAAGAGCGGCGAGGAAUUCUUGAUUAUCGCCAAGAGACUGCUCAUCGCGUUUGAACCGACCAUCGAAGCCAUGGAAUCGUUCGAUCUUGACAAAGGGGAGCUAGGGGUCUUUGAGAAAUUUGACUACUCGACGGUCUAUGCCGGAAUAGUUUCUCACCCUUCGUUGCAGAUCAACGUGUCCCUGGUCAAUACGGUUCCUGAAGCCGCACCUGACGACUACUACCAUUUCCCGAAGGCGCCGAUUCUUGCCCGUUUCGAUUACAUGGGUGCAGAGUCCGACUUGUUCCGAGUUCUUAUCGUGGGAGACAAGACUCUCGAUGAGGAAGGCGCUCGACAACUGGUCCGCGACAGUCUUGCCAACUUGAUCGAGGGAGGUGCCCUCCCCGAUGGCGAUGUAGACGACCUCGAGUUCGUUGCGUUUGUGGACCACGGGGCAAUGCACUUGAGGGCGAGUCUCGACGAUCUGAAGGAGGGCUUCAUUCAGGAGCAAUAUGCGCUGCAGGGGCACCGGUCUACAUGGUAUACAGGUGCUGCCUGGUCGGUGCAGUUCACGACGAUUCUCUGGGCAUUCAACGAUAUCUUGCUCCCCAAGGUUGUGGAAGAACUGUGA